AUGACUCGGCAGCUCACCUUCCUCAGUGAGACCGAAUUCGACAGCAAAGUCCCCGAUGGCUUUCCUGUGAGCUGCCCGACACUGGACCUAUCGGCCACUCGGGAGAGCGGGCGCAAGAAUGUCUUGAUUCUCAGGCCGCCUAGUCAGACGGUGUCGAGGAUCCAUCAGCUUGGGUCCAAGGCGCCCGAGCCACUUGCCGUGGCAUGGAAGACUGACGACCAGUUCCUUGCUGUCGGUUGGAGUGACGGCGUCGUUCGUCUCAUGGGCCUCGAGAACAACAAGGCAGUACAUCACAUCGAGAUCUGCCCCCAGUCCAGUGACGCGAAAAUUACCCACAUAAGCUGGUCGUGUACGAGAAUCUCGGACCCUACACAUGCGCAGACCAAGACCUCGGCUCUUGAUGUAUCGCCUCCAGAGCUUGGUGGCAGACCCUUGGCUGAUCUGCCCCGGGAGCUCACAUUUUUGGAGAUUGACACAGCGCUGCCCAAGAUUAGUCCCUUGCCAGGGAGCAGCGCGGGAUCUGGCGAAGACGCACUGGUGUUUACGCUGCGGACGAGCAUAGAUUUCUUGUUUCGCGCUCCGAGACCAGACGAGUACGACCAGGUCAAUGUCAUGAUAGUCGGGUCGUCGGAUGGGAGACUACACCUCAGCGUCUACGACUCCUUUGUAAUUGGAUCAUUUCCAUGCCCGCCUCUCGGCCCUACAGCGGCAGCAUCGCCGCCGCCGCCGCAGCUCAUCCACAUUGCCUCGAGUCCGCGCAUCUCAACUCAUGCGCUUCUCCUAGCCGAUCGCAAUGAUCAGCCGGAUGAGGUGCAUCUUGUGCCGAUGGAUCUCCCAUUCAUCUCCUCAGUCCCCAUAAACCUCUCCCUCCUCGCCUCCAAGCUCACAACGCUGCAGAAGCUUCUGCGCUAUCUCAAGCAAACCCAGCUCCACAUGCAACUAGAGUGGAAGAACACUAGAGAGCUUCCUUCGAGGUUCCUCCGCAGCGCUGAGGCUGGCCUCGAGGACCUGACAGGUGGUCCACGGACGGUCGUGGCAGCCCUGUACCACACCGUGGUGACGGGUCACGCAUAUGAGCCGGUGCGGGAAUGGCUUGUAGACAGUCUGGCUGAGCGGGGUCAUAAACGAUGGGACAAAGCAGUUGUGGCCGGACUCGAGAACCUCCGCAGUCUCGUCCACGAAAACUUUCUGCCAGCUCUGGAGCGUUGCUCCAUCAUCCUCAGUCGUCUACGCGGCCUCGCCCAGUUCCACGAUGACCGAGAGGACAUUGGCUUUACAGUGCCGCAGAUCAGCAAGGUCAUGGACAUCAUCGGGUGCCUGACGCUCGUCGGCCACCGUGUGCUCCUGGCCGUCAUGAACGAACUCGAACACUUCACCGCGUUCUCCCGUUGGCUUCGUUUCCAGAUCGACCGUCUCGCUUCAUCAACCCCGGAGAGCGAGGAGCUCAGCGAGAAGGAGGCCACCAUGGACAUGACCAGAGUCCUGACGUACAUUGAGCGGUACUUGACCGAUAGUCCCAUGCGCCUUUUCCUCGGCGACAUGACUGAUGAGGACCGCGCCGCCGAUUGGAAGACGAUGGAGGACGGGGCGCCGGACCUCAUGGACAUGCUCAGCACGCAGCUGGUAAGGCACGAGAAGAGCCAGGAUGGUAUGAAGGCCCUGCCUCGAGUCGAAUUUCUAGUCGAUUAUGCGACGCACUGGUCGAAUUCGAUAUUCAAGGACAUUGCCGAGUCCAAGAAGCGCAGUGUGAGAUUGGGGAAGCCAGUCAAGCUUUCUAUUGGCAACAAAAUUGACAAGAUUGACAUGUGCAUGUGCGAACACAGUGAUGGUGAGGCAUUUAUCUACACUGCUCUCUCGUCUAAGGAUGCAAGCAACAAGGUCUAUAUAUUCCGCGCCGGGCUCAGCAUAACCAGGGGCAUCAGCAGCAACGGUUUCGUCGAGUCCGCCGUGUUGGAUCUAGGCAACAGCAAGUUGAUUGACCUAGGUUUCAUGAGUGGUAGUCAAGAGCUUGUUGUUUUAUGCGCAGCCAGCGGUGGUUUGACACAUGCCAUGGCUGUUCCCGUCAAAUCGGACAGCUUAGACUUUCAACGUUUCGACUCGGCAACCGGGGUAGUAGCAGCAGAAGCCGGUCAGGCAGCCGAUAGUUUCGCCACGUAUACGCUGCCCAGCGAAUCACUGUCAGGGGUGAAACCGGUGAGGAUGCAGGUGCAUGACCGGGUUAAUGCGCGGGGUGAGUUGGCGGCCAGGAUAUAUCUCCUCGGAAGUAACCGGACUACAUGGCAGGCUUUUACAUGGGGGGAGUGA